UUUAAUUUUGCAUGAAAGGUGCUAUAGAAAUAAAAUUAAUUUAAAUUUGAAUUUAGUGAAACGUUCACUUUUAGUUUCAGAAACUAUUCCCUCUUUUUGCUUUAGGACCAAUAACUAAAAUUUCUGAAAAAAAUGAUUUGCCAUUCAUGAUUUUACAUCUAGAAUACAGUAAAAAAGAAGUGUUUCUAUCAACUUUGUGUCAUAAGAAGACAUGAAAGUUGUGUAAACAGUAAAUCAAAUAACCUACUAGUUACAACUGAGGUCUGUAGACGAGCAUUUCUGAACACACAACAUCUCCAACCUGGAGGCAGAUGGGUUAAGGCAGCAAAAGAACACACCUUGUGUCACUCCUGUCAUCUAAGAACAGGAAACUGUGGCCUCCAUUCCCACAGACUCACCAAAAUUGCAAAAAAGACAAAAAAAAGCAACUGUGUGAUGUUAUCAUGUCAAUAUGGACCAAACUCUCAGAGGAAUGUUUCCUUGUUAAAUAUGCCACCAAGGAUUCUGAAGGCAAAAGUAACCUGGUGCUCAGGUGUAAUGUCGCCCUCUUGUGGCGAUAAAGUAAAGUUACAGGACUUUAAAGUUUUACUAUCUUCAUUUGAGUGAUCAGAAUAGUUCUUAAAGAAGAUUUAACAUACUAAAGACAUGUUUACAGAUGUAUCAAAUGCAUUGUGAUUAUAUCACAGUAAAUUAAGUUAAAUUAAAUUAAGUCUGGUGCUGCUGCUUUUUUAACAUUUUGUGACAGAUUUCAGCAAAAGCACAUCAACGAUGGAGACGACGUAUUGAAAAACCUGUAAAAGGUUAGAGGGUCAACCCUGAGAGAUAUGAGCUUAGAGUCCAUUAGUGGAUUAUAACCAUAAACACUCCUGCAUCUCCCUUGGAUUAAAGAGAGAGAGAGGGAGACACAGAGGGAGAGACAGGCUGGAUGAAUGAGGGCGACGGGAAAGCAAUCGAACUGAGGCAAAUUCAAGGGCAGGACGCGGCACAAACAUGGAAUAAAAGUUGACCAACAAGCUGGGGAAGAGCUUUCUUACGCUUUUGGCUUUUUAGGGGAUUUUUCUCCAAUUUAAAGAAGAUUGUUAAACACAACUUGCUAAAGGAAGCCAUGGACGUGGAUGUGGAGGGGAUUAUCCAGUGCAUCAAGCAGGGGGAUGAGAACGGUGUUCAGAUGCAGCUGCAGGAAUUCAACAAACAGUACGCCCAGUGCUUCUUCUUUGAUGCAGAGGAGCGGGAAAGGCGGCGACAAAGGAAACUAGAAGAGUUCAGGAAGAAUAAAGUGAGGGACUACACAGAUUCUGACUCUGAAAAUGAAGAUUAUGAGCAUGAAGACAGAGGCCUCCUCCUCCGACAGAACUUAGGCAUUGUUCUGGUGAGGUUCAUUCGAUCGGAGGUGAAACACCGUCUCCUAAAAGCAGCACUGCGCACCUUGAGGAUCCUCUCUCGGGACAAGAAGACGCUUAGCGCCCUGGUGACUGACAGCGCCCUCCUGACCUUAGGCAAACUGGCUCUCCUGACUACAAACGACACCAGCGAUGAAGCCAGCGACCCCGAUUCGGAUUUCUACGACAACAUCAUCGCCUCCUUGGCCGAGGCAAAAGUGCACCAGGUCACCAUUGACGAAGACGAGGGCGAAGCUGAGGGCGCCGAUCAAAACGAGGAGUACCAAGCCAUGGACGAGGACUCCAAGAGUGACAUCAGCUACGCCACCAGCGGAGACCUGGACAGCAUGAGCUGGUUCGGGAGCCACAGGACCAGCAUCAAUGAAAUGCACAGAGGGAGCAUCCAUCAGAAGGCGCUGGAGCGCGGCAGGAGGGACCGCAGAGAAAGCAAGAUGGAGGGAGAGGAGGAGGAGGAGGAAGGGGAGCAGGCGGAGGAGUCGCUCAGGAAGGAGGCCAUGAAAGUGCUGUGCAAUGUGGUGUACAACAGCACCUGGGCACAGGAGAGGUUCAGCGCUCUGAAGCUUAUGAAUGGUCUCAUUGAGCGCAUAUCCUCCAGCAUCAACUGGUCGUCCCCCUCCAGUGUUCAGUUUUACGAGCUGCGCCUCAUGUUCCUCAUCACGGCGCUGAGGCCUGAGCUCAACACCCAACUCCAGCAGGCUGGAGGGGUGUCCAUCCUUACGGCAGCCUUGGAGAGCACCCUGGAGGUGCAGUGGAAGGAGCAGUACGAGUGUGCGCUGGACCCGGCGGCACCACCCAUUUCUCCAGAAGCCUCCCAGCGCAUCAUAGAGAUCCUCAAAAUCCUCUUUAAUAUCACUUACAGCAACCACAGGCAGGAGCCCGGGGAGGAUGAUGCAGCUCUUUAUCGCCACCUGGUGGCCAUUAUGCGCCUCUGCCUGAUGAGGAAAUGCAUGAUGACAGAUGACACUGAUGAGCUACAGGGUCACACAGUCAACCUGCUGACAGCGCUGCCUCUCCAGUGUCUGGAUGUUCUCCUCUCUGUGCCUCUGACACCGAACUCCCAGCAAAGUCUGGGUGUCAACAUGGACUGUGUCCACAUGCUGCUGCUGUUCAUGGAGCGCCGCCUGGAGUCCGGGGAUAAAGUCAAAGAGAAGCUGACACCGAUCCUGAACCUGCUGACAGAGAGCUGCAGAGCUCACAGGGAAACACGCCUCUACAUCAGGAAACAUAUCCUGCCUCCUCUGAGAGACGUAUCCCACAAACCAGAGGAGGGCAACACCGUGAAGAGUCGUCUCAUUCGCCUCAUGACUCACCUGGACACGGACCUGAAACACUGCGCCGCCGACCUCAUCUUUGUCCUCUGCAAGGAAAAUGUGAGGCGUUUCGUCAAGUACACAGGCUACGGUAACGCAGCCGGCCUGCUGGCCACCAGAGGCCUGCUGGGGGGUCAGGGGGUCAGGAGCUACAGCAGCAGCGCUCAGUACUCCAGCGACUCCGACUCCGACACAGAGGAGUACCGGCAGGUCAGGGACCGCAUCAACCCGGUGACGGGACGCAUGGAGGUACAGCAGCCGGACCCCAUGGAGGGGAUGACGGAGGAGGAGAAGGAGGAGGAGGCCAAGAGGCUGAUCACACUUUUCAGCAAGCUGUCCAGAGAUAACAUCAUCCAGCCAAUGGGAGUGGACGAAGAGGGGAAGCUUGUCCCUUUGCAAGGACUGGGAGACAAUCCGAUGACUGAGGAUGCAAAGACUGAAACAGAGACGGACGAGGGGGCAGAUGAAGAACAAAUGGAUUGAAAUUCACUUUAUCCAGUUUAUAUCCCAGUAGUUAUCAGUACAUAACUGUGUACAAUCUUGUAGUACUCUUUGAACCCUAAAAAAACACAUCUUCCAGACUUUAUGGCAAUAAAAAGUCCAGAUAUUCAA